AUGGCUAUAUCAAGGUCUCUCGCUUCGUUAGCGAGGAGAUCCUUCUGGUAUAAACAUCUGCCUAACCAAACCGUUACUCAUCAAUCACGUCGAUUCUUAUCCUCGCCGUUGCCCAAUGCUGAAACGCCCGUUCGGCAUUCCUUUGCUUAUGGCGCCAAUGACGAAGUUUCCCGUCUCGCAGCCAGUCGCCGGCGACCACUUACGCUCGCUGAUCUCCUGAAGCAUGGGCGUCCGCCACUGUCGGAAGACGCCCUUCUAGCGUCGGCAAACUUUACACUUUCUCUCCUCCCUGCCCGAUUAGCUUCUCGUAUUGAAGCUCUACGAAAUCUUCCCUUCAUCGUUGUCUCGAAUCCUCAUGUGUCGAAAAUCUACAACAACUACCUACACUCCCUGUCGACCCUCCUUCCCUGGCAAAAGCGACAGGUGACGACGCUAGAAGAAGAGAAUCAGUUUGCGGAGGUGCUGGCAGAUCUUGUCCAUACCCACACCAAUACUAUUCCCGUGCUUGCCCGCGGGUUCUUAGAGUGUCGCAAAUACAUCGAACCUACGGAGGUCACGAGGUUCCUAGAUACCCACCUGCGGGCCAGAAUUGGGACACGCUUGAUUGCGGAACAACACCUUGCCCUUCAUUUUGCCUCUCAGCCUGCCGGAAAUGGGGACGAGGGCACAUCGCAGUCGAGUACCCCCUCGAACUAUAUUGGAGUAAUCGACACGACUUUACAACCGGCGCGCAUCGUGAAACGGUGCGAAGACUUCGUUGGCGAGAUUUGUGAGCUAAAGUAUGGGGUCCGCCCACGCUUGAAGAUUGACGGACAACCGGAUGCCUCGUUUGCUCAUGUCCCCGUCCAUGUGGAAUACAUCCUCACGGAGUUGUUGAAGAACGCCUUCAGAGCUGUGAUCGAGUCCGGCAAUGAACGGGAGCCAAUUGAGGUGACAAUUGCGGCGGCCCCAGAUGUACCGAAGUGCCAAGUUUAUGAAUCCUCAUCCCUAAUCGGACUUCCAGAACAACAAGAUUCCGACGUUGGCUUCCAGAUGGACACGGUGGUUGGUACGGCGGACGCCAACGAAUCGAUUAAAUACUCGUCUCCUUCUGCACAGAGUAUCACUAUUAGAAUCCGGGACAGGGGUGGCGGGAUCCCCCCGGAUGUCCUUCCAAAUAUCUGGUCGUAUAGUUUCACCACCUUCUCCGAGUUGGACAUGCAAAGCCCAGAGAACGGAAACACUGAUGCGUUGAAUGCCCUUUCGUCGAGUGGCGGACACUUGAGCAGUAUCGCCGGUCUUGGUUACGGUUUACCUCUCAGCAGGGCGUAUGCCGAGUAUUUUGGCGGUAGGAUUGCCGUGCAAAGCCUUUGGGGUUGGGGAACCGACGUAUAUCUGACCCUCCAGGGGGUCGGCAAAGUCGGGUGA